GCGACGUACCCGCCGCCGCCGUUGGUUGGAGCAUUUGACAUUGUGAAGCAAAGAAAUGGUUAUGGAGAAGCCCAGUCCGCUGCUUGUAGGGCGGGAGUUUGUGAGGCAAUAUUAUACUUUGCUGAAUAAAGCUCCAGAAUAUUUACACAGGUUUUAUGUCAGGAAUUCUUCCUACAUCCAUGGUGGAGUAGACGCUAGUGGGAAGCCCCAGGAGGCGGUUUAUGGCCAAAAUGAUAUACACCACAAAGUAUUAUCUCUGAACUUCAGGGAAUGUCAUACUAAAAUUCGUCACGUGGAUGCUCACGCAACCUUGAGUGAUGGAGUGGUCGUCCAGGUCAUGGGUCUGCUGUCUAAUAGUGGACAGCCGGAGAGGAAGUUUAUGCAGACCUUUGUUCUGGCUCCUGAAGGAUCUGUUCCAAAUAAGUUUUAUGUUCACAAUGAUAUGUUUCGUUAUGAAGAUGAAGUAUUUGGUGAUUCUGAACCAGAACUUGAUGAAGAAUCAGAAGACGAGGUAGAAGAGGAACAAGAAGAAAGGCAACCGUCUCCAGAACCUGUGCAAGAAAAUGCGGAUAGUGGUUACUAUGAAGCUCACCCCGUGGCUAAUGGCAUAGAGGAGCCUUUGGAAGAAUCCUCUCAUGACCCUGAACCUGAGCCAGAAUCUGAAACAAAGACUGAAGAACUAAAGCCACAAGCGGAGGAGAAGAACUUAGAAGAGUUAGAGGAGAAGUCUACUUCUCCUCCUGCCGAACCUGUUUCUCUGCCACAGGAACCACCAAAGCCAAGAGUUGAAGCUAAACCGAAAGUUCAGUCUCAGCCACCUCGUGUGCGUGAACAACGACCUAGAGAACGACCUGGUUUCCCUCCUAGAGGGCCGAGACCAGGCAGAGGAGAUAUUGAACAGAAUGAAUCUGACAACCGUAGAAUAAUCCACUAUCCAGACAGUCAUCAACUUUUUGUUGGUAACUUGCCACAUGAUAUUGAUGAAAAUGAAUUGGAAGAGUUCUUCAUGAGUUUCGGAAACGUUGUGGAACUUCGCAUCAAUACAAAAGGUGUUGGAGGAAAGCUUCCAAACUUUGGUUUUGUGGUUUUUGAUGACUCUGAACCAGUUCAGAGAAUCUUAAUUGCAAAACCAAUUAUGUUUCGAGGGGAAGUACGUUUAAAUGUGGAAGAAAAAACGAGAGCUGCGAGAGAGUGAGAAACCAGAGGUGGUGGUGAUGACCGCAGGGAUAUUAGGCGCAAUGAUCGAGGUCCUGGUGGUCCACGUGGCAUAGUGGGCGGUGGAAUGAUGCGUGACCGGGACGGAAGCGGACCUCCUCCGAGAGGUGGCAUGGCACAGAAACUUGGCUCUGGAAGAGGAACCGAGCAAAUGGAAGGCCGCUUCACAGGACAGCGUCGCUGAAGCGCCACUGUUGGCAAAGUCUUGGCAGUGGUACAUUAUUCAUCGUGUUUGCAUUCUUGUUAAUUUUUUUUUGGCUUUGGAAUGUGACACAGCCUUUUUGAUCAUUUCUUUGAUGUGAAAAGCAUCUUUUGGUUAUCAGUUAAAUUGAGGUGGACAUUAUUUCCCCAAUUUCACAACAGGAGUCACAUUGUUAAUUUAUAAAUCUAGACUUGGAGAAUUAAGGACUGAGAAAUGACCAUAUCUUAAACUGUCUACAACAAAAUGAACUUAAAAGGACAUGCCCAACUGAAUUCUGGUCCUUUGAGUAAAAAAAAAAAAAAAAAUCCUCUGCUGUACA